ACAGAUGUCGGGAGACAUCUAUAGGCGCCUUGAAAUCAAUGGCUCUUCCUGUGUGCCGCGUAAACAAGCCUUGGCAACCACGCUUCGGCACGCUGAAAUCUUCUUCAUUUGCAUAAUAUCGCGUAUAAUUGCAUCCCGAGCAGAUCUUCCGCGUGUAAAACGCAGAAUGAUGCGAUGGUGAUCCUGCGAAUGACGACCAAGUGACACAAGAAUCUUACAAUGUGGAACAUCUAAAGGAGAAACUGCGGACCCUGUAUAGCUCAAACUUUAUUGUAGAUGUAUAAGUCAUGGUAACCGCCCGGUGCUGGCCUCAGUUUACUGGCGUUGUCGCGAGCGGCGAGAUGUGAACGCGACUAAUGCGAGGCAUUUUCUUCCUAACAAGGUGCUCGCCAGGUGCGUGAAAAUAAUAAGACAAUGGACGAAACGACGAUCGACUCGAUCUUUUCGGGGUCACUCAGGUCCCUACCGCCGGUCAGCUCGAAAAUCGUGCGGAUUUUCACAAGCUCGACUUUCACCGAUACAACGAUGGAGAGAAACACUCUGAUGGCCCAGUGUUAUCCCAAACUGAAGGACUAUUGCAGGGAGAAACAUGGUCUAGAGUUUCAGGUGGUCGAUAUGAGAUGGGGAGUGCGUGACGAAGCUACCGACGAUCACAUGACUACGGAGCUGUGCAUGAGGGAAAUAGAAAACUGUCAGAGGCUGUCCAUGGGGCCGAAUUUUGUCGUAUUCCUUGGGCAAAAGUACGGCUACCGUCCCAUACCGACUUACGUCCUGAGUUCCGAACUGGAAAUGCUGAGGACCGAAUUGGAUGGCCAAGGGAUGGACGUUAGUCUGCUGGAUAAGUGGUAUAAGAAGGAUAGCAACGCUGUGCCGCCCACCAGUAUAUUGCAGCCGAUCUCAUCUAUCCUUAAGAAUUUCAACAACAAAAGAAUACCCAAGCUGCAGCAAGAGGAUCAAGCGAUUUGGUGGGAUACCAUGUUGAAGAUGCAGAAACUGUUCAGAAAGGGAGCGCAGUCCUUGUUCAAUUCCGGCAAGUUCGACAAGGAUACCAUGCAUAAUUACUUCAUGUCUGUGACCGAAAGGGAGGUGAUCAAUGGCGUGCUGAACGUGAAGAACACCAAGAACCACUGUCUGGCGUAUGUACGAUACAUAAACAACAUUAAUCUGCAGAACCUGAGGAAGGCCAGCUUGUUCCUGGACAUAGCUAACAGAAGCUUGGACAACGAAGCCUCAAAGUUAUUGGCAGACCUCAGGGACGAGAGACUGCCGAAUAAAAUCGAGAGUACAAAUUUGCAGAGGUACACCGUGGAAUGGAUUGGAAGAGAGGGCUUGGAUCCUGAAACCCACAGCGAGUACCUGCAGCACUUUAUAACCCACUUUUACAGAAACAUAGUGAAGCUCGUGGACCGUGCCAUGAGGAAGGAAGACAGCUCCGCGCAGGGGCAGAUAAUAACCGAGAUCCUGCAGCACCUUCACGCUUGCAAUAAUUCCGUGAAGGUCUUUUAUGGACGCGAAGACACCUUGGAGAAGAUAAAAAACUACAUGCUCGAUGACAGCGACAAGCCGUUGGUGUUGUACGGGGAAGGUGGUUGCGGCAAGACCUCUUUGUUAGCGAAGAGCGCAGGUUUGACCAGCAGCAGCUGGCUCAAGGACAAGAAACCGAUUAGCAUAAUUCGAUUCCUCGGUACUACCCCCGACAGCAGUGCGCUCACCCCUACUUUGAUUUCGAUCUGUCAACAGAUCUCUUACAAUUAUGGAUUAUCGUUUGAAGAAAUCCCCGACGACCUGGUGCCGCUCACAGCUUAUUUCAAAUACUUACUGACUCUAGCUAACACCGAACAGCCCAUUCUACUAUUCUUAGACAGCGUCGAUCAGCUGACAGGUGUACAGGGCAACAAGCUGUCGUGGCUGCCCACGAGGCUCCCAGCGAACUGCAAGAUGAUUUUAUCGUGCGCAGCAGAAGAAUCGAAUCCCGUGAUUUCGAAGGAUUACCAGCUGCUGCGCAGGAUGAUAGACACCGAAGAGAGCUUCAUCGAAGUGACUGCUUUAGGCGAAGACCUAGCUAUGGAUGUGAUAAGAAUGUGGAUGAAGACAGCCAAGAGGGACCUAAAUAACUACCAAUGGCGUCUGGUGGCGAACGCGAUCUCGAAAUGCUCGCUGCCGAUCUUCGUGAAACUCGUGUUCGCGGAGAUCUGCAGGUGGCGGAGCUACACGAAACCGGCGGACACGCAUUUGGCCAGCACAGUGAUGGACAGCAUAAUGAUGCUGUUUGAAAGGAUCGAGAAGCAGCACGGCAAGAUCCUGGUCUUCCACGCGUUAGCUUACAUCACAGCCGCCAAGUCGGGCCUGUCCGAGUCCGAGCUCGAGGACUUGAUCUCCUUGGACGACAAGGUCCUGGACGAUGUCUAUCAGUAUCAUUUACCGCCAGUGAGGCGUAUCCCUCCUUUGCUCUGGACGAGAAUAAGGAACGACCUGCCUAAUUAUCUCAGCGAGAGGGAGGCGGACGGUGUAAGCGUGCUAAACUGGUACCACAGGCAAUUCAGAGACACUGCCAAGGAGCGGUACUUCAAGAACAUGAACAUGGCCAUGUAUUUUCACUCCAUGAUCGCGGACUACUACCUGGGAAUUUGGGGUGGCGGCAAACCGAAGCCCUUCAAAUACACCGAGAUACAGAGACAUCGAUUCAACUUGACAGACAAGGAAGGCGUGGCGGACAGAAAAGUGCCGGAGCAGCCGUUGGCGUUUUACUCGAAGGAAGGAACCAUCUCGAGAUACAAUUUGCGAAAGUUUGGAGAAUUACCGUUUCAUCUAGUGAGGGCACGACGCUUCAAGGACCUGUUCGAGAACGUUCUGUUCAACUAUGAAUGGUUGCACGCUAAACUGAGCUCUUGUCCUCUGCAGGCUGUACUUUCCGACUUUGAAGACGCUUGUAAUUUUAUCGACGACCAAAGUUUAGUGCGAGAACUCAUGUUAGUAGCCGACGCUUUGAGAUUAGGCGGCGCGAUUCUAGGCAAUCAUCCAGACAUGCUCGCGCCCCAACUAAUCGGCCGAUUGCUGCCGGAGAUCGGCGCGAACGUUAACGUGAGGAUGCUGCUUCGAGCUUGCGAUCAGGACGGUGUCAAAGACUGUGCGUUGCUUCCACUCUACCAUUGUCUGCAUACACCGGGUGGACCGUUGAAAUACUCGCUGGAGGGUCAUCAAUUCGCGGUAUUCGGAUUCUGUCUGACGUCAGACUACCGCUACGUGGUGUCGAUAUCCAACAAGUUCAUCACCUGGGACCUGAGCACUAGUGACAUGACGAGGGACGUGAAUCCCGGCGUGGAAGGCAUAAUGCAACAAUUGGUUCUGAGUCCUGACAACAGAUAUGCUGCGGCGUUUACAACCAAUUACCAGACGGUGGUGCUGAAUACCUUGACGAGUGAAUUCGUCGUCAUCGAUAAUCCUCUACCGAGCGGGGACGAGGUGUGCGGCGUGUAUCUGAUGAACCAGUACGUCUUUAUUUGCGGCAAGUUGGGCUGGUGCAGGUUCGACCUGCGAGGAAACCUGCUCGACACUCACACCAACCCCGAGGACUCCAACAAAUGGCCCAUUCUGCACGUGGAGUACACGAGCUUGGACUACUACAGAAUCGUCUUCUGGUCGGGAAGCAUCGAUGAUACGCGUAUGCUUUUGCACACUUAUAGAAAAAAGAUGUCUCUGGAUCCGUUCCAGUUCCACAGCGCCAUGGUUAUGACCAAGGACAAGGGAACUUUGUACGCAUGUACGAGCAAGGACGACUACAGGAUCACCAAGUACAGCAGCGACGAGACUUCGUCUUACUGGGAGAAAGUUUUCGACAUGCCCCGCGCGUACAACGACGACGUGGAGUAUUUGUUGCAAUUGAAGCUGGAUAGAGAAGAGGAGAUGCUACUGGCGACCACCGGUAACGGCUUCAUCGUAUGGUUCUUGGAGAGCAAAAGCGAUGCGCACGUGUUAAUGCUGCCGAACGGCGUGAGGAAUAUCAGCACGAGGAUGAUGUGCUCAAAUUCCAUCAUGGUCAGCGGCACGAAGAACUACACUGUCGCUGGUGUGAGGAAGAACCUGUACGUCUGGUCGCUCGAGACUUCCGAACUGGUGAAGAUAUUGGAUGCGCACUUCGCGAGGAUCAUUCAACUUGAGGCACUGACCAUCGGCAACUGGAACAGCGUGGUAACGUCGAGCAUCGACAGGAGCGUCAAGGUGUGGAACAUCAACAAUAUUUUCGAGCAGGUUCACGUUAUCGACCGACAUGAACUGCAGAUAGACAUGAUAAGCCUAGCCGAAGAAGGCAACUUGGCCGUCACGGUCACCAGAGAUUGCGUCGGUGUUUGGGACUUGCAAACGGGCAGACUGAUAUCGAAGCUAGCCGAUAGCCCGUUAGGAGCGAUCGUCACGCACGUCUGCAUCACGCAGGACAGCAGAUACAUCGUGUCAACGGAGUCGGGCAACGUUCUCGUGUGGAACAGAAUCACGGAGCAAGUACUGUUUAAGGAGGAGCAGCCGAGCGUGAAGCAAUUAACGCUAGUUGAGAACUCUUCCAAGUUCAUGGCGAUUUCUCGACCCAAUAAUCCUGCAGGAGUGGAAAACAUGCGAACCAUGGCGACCCUCGUAAUGCGAAGCAUUCCCGACGGUAGAACAAUUUUUUCUCUGGAGUAUCCCGUAAGAAGUAACACCAGUACGCCUUUCCGACAAGUAGUCAUAACGUCGGACGACGCUUUCCUGGCAGUGCCAGCAGCAGACAAGGGCAAUAGAGAUUGCGUUACAAUUUACAGCGCCAAGACGGGAACGCUGAUCAGCAAGAUACCGAUAAAGUUGCCUGGAUUUAAGGAUAUUAUAUGCAUCACCCCUCUGCCUAACAAGCCGCAAUGGGUGGGAAUCAUCGGCUCCGACAAGGGUACAAUUCUUGAUAUUAAUAAAAAGAAAGUUAUACGUACAAUUCCAAAGUGGAGCGGCAAUAUCAGCAAGGACGGCAAGUACACGCUAUACGCUCCCAGCAGAGGUGGUCUCGAACUCAUAGAAUUAAAAAAAGGUACAAGCGUGAAGACAUAUAUACCCAAAGUAGCUGAAGGAGUUUUUACCGUCAUAUCGAUGUUUAAUCGAACAGACGAAUAUGUGCUUUAUUAUCAUAGUGGACGGAAAACUAUCAGAGUCUUCAGAUCUUCGGAUUGUGAGAUGAUAGCAAAUUAUAGAGUACAAGCCGAACUGAGUGCUAUUGAUAGCACAUAUGAUGGUAAAAGUAUCGUUUUGGGAACAGUGGAUGGAUGUGUAUCAGUACUGGCUAUAGCUGACUGUGAAAAGCCUGAGAUGAAGCAAUAUCUGGCAAACGUACCAUCUCGUGAUGAACAGUGGAAGAGGAAAACCGAGAAGCAUCGGGCCGCGAUCAAGUUCAAGGCUGCCGCCCGGAUCGCCCGUGUGACACACGACCUGUCCACAAGCGUGAAAUCCACAUCGAGCGUGGCGGAGACGAUCGAGGAAGCGGACGAGAGCGCCGAGUGAUCCAUCAAGGCGACUCGCGCCUCUAGUCCGUCUGGAUGACGUGAGGCGCUUUAUCUAGUCCAUUACUUCUAUUUUUAGCAGGAUUCAUUAUCUCAGUCUACUCGGACUUGGACAUGUGACGCAACUGAUCUAGUUCCGCUCGCUUCUAUGCCUUGUCCACUUCCGAUCUACUCCGCACUGAAUAAGCAGGAGCAAGCAGUCUCUCUCUCUCUCUCUCUCUCUCUCUCUCUCUCUCUCUCUCUCCGCCGAGUGCGGCUCUAC